UUUAAUCAAAAACACUACUCUAUUACUCUUUUUCUCUCCACUUUUUAGGGUUCACUCAUUCAUUCUCUGUUUUUUUGCAAGUCAAAGAAUUUGCUCAUGAUACGAGUCGAAGAAAUGCCAAGCUCUCAUUCUCUUUUGUCUUCCUCGACAAAUUUCAAAGUCCUAAGAGGUAAUGUAAUUCUUCUCUCUACUCAGCGUUCAAUUAUAGUUUCCUCGUGAUUAUGGAAAAUUGCAGAGAAAUGUGACUUCUCCGGCUACAAUUGUGGUGGCGAAGGCAUAACUUCAAAAAAAGUUGGAAGGGAAAACCAACCACGAUUUGGAAGGGAACGGAGGCGGUGCAGUACAAUUCGGCGAUGGCGGUGAUGGAGAUUACCGCGGUGGCGGAGAAAGACGCCGAGUUGAGGAAAUCAGCGUUCAAGCCAAACUCACCCGCUUGCAAGGCCGUUGUGGAUCAAGUGGUGAAGAUAAUCGAGAAAGCGGAUUCGAAGCUUCUGGACCAACUUAGAAGAUAUCAAGAGUUCUAUGAAGAAGGUGAGAGAGAGAUUCUUUUGACUGAAGUGUCUUCUUUGAGGGAACAGUUCUGCAGUUGCUUCAGUACCAUGGAAGAAACUCGAUACAGGGUAAUUCAAAUCAUGAUAUUGAACCUCAGAAAACUUCCGUGGCCUAUUGGAGGACCAAACAACAUGCUUAAAUCAGGAAUUUCUGAUGGCAAAAGACAAGCUUAAGCAAACAAGCAAGCAAUUAGAAGAUACAAAUGAUGAUCUGAAAGAGGCAAAGUCUGUUAUUGAAGCUUUAGAAUCACAACAUAUAUUAUCUAUUUUGGGGGUGAUUUGUUUUGCAGGCUCAAGUUCAUAGACAUGCUCAUAACUUUAGGGAAGUGUAGCAGUGUACUCUUCUAUCUAUCAAAAUAGGAGGGUGCAGUGAAGAUUGUUCCUAUUGUCCUCAAUCCUCUAAGUAUGACACAGGAAUCAAAGGCCAACGCCUUAUGAACAAGGAAGCUGUGCUCGGGGCUGCAAAUAAGGUACACUUUUAUCAGAUAAUCAAUUUAUGUGUAGUGUUCUUCUCUAGCUUGUGGCCUCGUGAUGUCAUUACUGAUCUCUGGAAAACUCUUUGGAUCUGCCUCCCAUGGAAUGGUGUCAUUUGAGUUAUGCAUUCGUUCCCAACAUUUCUUUACUUAAGCAUCAUAUAUCUUCUUAUUUAAAUUAAGAAAUGUAUCGUAGUUUAGAUGUCGGGAAUUUUGUUUUAGGUAAAAACAAUAGGUUGUUGAACUCAAGAAGGUAGGUUUCUCAGCCUUAUUGUAGGGAUAUGGGGAUGGAGGUUUGUUGCACCCUUGGCAUGCUUGAGAAACAACAGGCUGUUGAACUCAAGAAGGUAGGUUUCACUGCCUAUAAUCACAAUCUUGACACUUCUAGGGAAUAUUAUCCAAACAUCAUCACAACAAGGAGUUAUGAUGAGCGCCUGAAAACCCUUGAGUUUGUUCGUGAUGCAGGCAUCAAUGUUUGUUCUGGAUGAAGGGAGUGGACAUGACAUGGCAACACCACAAGGAGGAUCUUCAUUAGAUAGUAAUGUUCAUGGAGUUUGACAUAUUAUUGUUUUUUUUUUGUUAGACAUGAUGAACUCAUGAAUUUGAACCUGUUUUUAUAUUUGAAGCAAGAUUAAUUUUAGGACAAUUUACAUAUUUUGCUUUUGAGCAUUAAUCAUGAAUUUGAUUUUGAGUUA